AUGGGUUAUACCAUUGAAGUUAAACGUGAAAUAUUGUCUCGUGAUAUAAGUCUGUUUAAGGAAUAUGUGCAACCAGCAUUUGAAGAUUAUCUGAAGGAUGCUUUUAUAGAAUUGAUGAGUAGGGAGAUAAGAGGAGUUAGUAUAUAUGAGAUUUUAGAUUACAGAGUUAAUCAACGUGGUGUUCUUGAAUUGGUUAACUUAGUUGGCGAUAAUAAAGAACUUUUUCAUGCUAUUCCACAAUUUUUUAGAGAUUGGUUUAGAGAGUAUGGAUGGACAAAGAUUCCAACAUUUAAAUUUGAUUUUUUAAUGGCAAUGCAAAAUGCUGGAAGGAUUCAAAUUUGUAAAUUAGAACCUGCGUAUCAUGUAGUUUGGUAUUUGAAUAAGGGACUUAGACAAGGAUUUAAAUUGGAACAAAUUGUUGAAAUUAAAAGGAUAUUAGAUGAUUGUUAUAAAAAUAAUAUUGCUACAGAAUACAUGCAACAUGAAAAGACAUCACUUUUAAAAUUCUUGACAGAACUGGUCAACCUUGGCAUAAAUUCACGAAAAAUGUUACAAAGAAGAGAAUUUUAUGAAGUACCGUUUGAUGAGGCAGAUAUUUAUGAAAUAUUUUAUCGACAGUUAUUGCUUUUUAUGUAUGAUGAUAAAUGCAGAGAAGAAGAGAUAAAAUCUUGUUUUAAUGAGAAUCCUACAAUAGAUGAUGAAAAUGAUACUGGGAGUAAUAAUGACCAACCUAUAUUUCGAUUCAGAGAACCUGAGGUUGCAAUAUUAAAAAAAAAUGAACUUGCUAGAAAGUUAUUCUGUCAUUAUUUGGCUGAACGCUUAGAUAAUAAAGACACAGAUAGAUUUCGACAGUGUUUUACUUAUUUUAGUUUAACAAUUCAAAAAGAUGUGGAUGAUAUUUAUGACUAUGCAUUCCAAACGUUCACCACUAUUGUCAUUACAAAACAUAGAAUACAAAAUGUUCAAAUAAUAACAGAUUCUGGAAAUGCAGAAAAAUUCAAGCUAAUAAGAGAUUGGUCCGAGGUUUUACUUGCUGGUGUAGUUCAAGUAGUUCCGUAUUCUGAAAAGAAAAAAUUUUAUGAAUUAUAUAAAGAGUUAUUAAAGAGAACCGAAAAUUCACUUGGCGGAGUGUUCAAGAUCAAUUCAAAACCUGAUAGUCUUAUGUUUGCCAUAUUAAAAAGUUUAAGUGGUGAGAGUGAUUCAAUAAUUACAAAUAAUCCAAGUCGAAGUAGACAAAACACAUAUGCAGUUGGAGUUAAUAUAGCAUUGCAAAAGAUAGUUAUUGCAUUAGAAACAUAUCAAUCAACACUUUGUAAAACGAUUCAAUCGAAAAAAGCCGAAGAAGAUAAAAGUCUUGGAUAUUGGGCACUUAAAAAGUGUGAUGUUUACGUAGCAAGUUUCGGUAAAAUCUUGAUACAUGAACGAUUGGAACUUGUUCGUGAAUUAUGGGCACAUAAUAUCAAAACAGAUUUUAUGUACGAAGAGCCAGAAGAUCUUACACCAGAAAUUCUAGCAAGUUCAUGUAAGAAUCAAGGAAUUAAUUGGAUAGUUAUUUUGAAGCAAAAGAAUCAAGAUAAUUAUAAAGCAACAUCAUUUAGAGAUGCCAUAACAACUGUUAAAGUUAAAAAUCUGUUGUGGAAAACAGAGGAUGAAGAAAUUCAAGAACAAAUGAGAAUCGAUCAUCAAACCUCCGGUAGUAAAUAUCAUAAACACAACUCAAUUUCAAUCAACGAAUCAACCUUACAUGAAUUUAGCAAUACCAAUUUAUCAAUAUCGCCGGAAACAUCGAAUCAACAAUCUAAUUUUAAUAUUAAUAUAGUAGGAGUUUCGACGCCAAGCAAGCCUAGUAAAAAAAUGAAAUUAAAACAAAAACAAUUAUUAAGAGAUAAAGCGCAUGAUAACGUGUCAAAUUUUUUAUCAAACAUUAAUAAUGGAAAUAUUCCAGUAAUAUCGAUUGAUGUUAGCCGAGACUUGUUAAGGAAAUUCAUAGAUUGUAAUGUACUAGAAGACGAAUCAUUCAAGAGCAAAAUAUUAGAUAUUGUCCCGGCUCAUCAAAAAGAAUAUAUUAUUACUGUUCAAGAUGCACUUAAAAAACAAAGGUACCAGGAAAAUAGUAAUCAAGUUUGGUUAUAUUCACACAGAGAUGAUUUUGGAUUACUAUAUCAGUAUUUUUCAUAA